AUGACCACAUAUGGUUCCAAAAAGAUUAGUCUUCCCAAACCCAUGCGUCGUAACAUGAUUGCCAAAUUUGCGGAGUUCGAUGAAUAUCAGCUGGGAGAUUCACACUCGUUUGUCAAUUCCAGGCAGACCUACUUAACUAUGAAAUACCUUAUUCGAAUUCUGCACAUACACACGCCAACAUUCGCCGUGAUGUGUCUUCUGAGGAAGAAAUAUCCAUCUAGUGCCACGGAAUUCGUACGUCUCGGCCUAGAAGGAUCUUGGGAUCCAUCACUUGCCGGAACACGUAUGAAAUUUCCUUCUCCUGUCACAUGGGAGACGGAACUAUCCAAAAAUGGUAAUAAUGCAAGCACUUGGGAGUCUUUAAUAAGUAAGUUAUGA